GCGCCUCGGCCGGGCCCCGCCCCGCGGGGGCUCAGCUCGUCCCCGGCCAUGGAGAGCGGCGGCGGGAGGGGCCCGGCGGGGCAGGAGGAGCCGCCGCCACCGCUUGGGGAAGGAGGAGAGGAAGAAGAGGACGGGGAGGAGGCGGAGGAGGCGCCGCCGCCGCCCGAGGCCGAGUCGGACUGGAGCUUCGUUGACCGCGAGAUGGAGGAGGUGGCGCUGCAGGACCUGCCCACCGCCACCAUCGCCUGCAACCUGGACCCGCGCGUCUUCCAGGAGGGCCCGUGCCGGGCCAAAUUUGAAUCGCUGUUUAGAGCGUAUGACAGAGAUACCACCUUUCAGUAUUUUAAGAGCUUCAAAAGAGUACGAAUAAAUUUCAGUAACCCUUUAUCUGCAGCAGAUGCUAGAAUCCAGUUGCACAAGACAGAGUUCCUUGGGAAGGAAAUUAAACUGUAUUUUGCUCAGACUUUGCACAUUGGAAGCUCACAUUUAGCACCACCAAAUCCAGACAAACAGUUUUUGAUUUCACCUCCUGCUUCUCCACCUGUUGGUUGGAAGCAAGUAGAAGAUGCUACUCCAGUCAUAAACUAUGACCUUUUAUAUGCUAUCUCCAAGUUAGGGCCAGGAGAAAAGUAUGAGCUACAUGCUGCAACUGACACUACUCCUAGUGUUGUUGUCCACGUCUGCGAGAGUGACCAAGAAAAUGACAUGGAAGAAGAAGCGAAGAAACCCAAACCAAAAAUUAUUCAGACAAGAAGGCCAGAUUAUACUCCAGCCCAUUUAAGUUGAACUGCUCUAGUUUUUGAAGGCUUACAAGCAGACGUAUGGAAGGGAAACAUUUACAAUGGAAAUUGCUGGUCGCAAAUUUGAUGGUGAAAGCAGCUGUUGUAGUAGGAGAAAUUCCAGUGUAAGGUUUGCUCAGAAAAAAUAUAGGAAGUUUCAUCCUUUUUUCCUAAUGCUGCCUGUUGGUUGAUGUUAUGAGUGUAUUCCCAGAUUGCUGGGAAUGAAGAUAAGCAGAAAAAGACAUUCUGAGAAGUGACAAGAUUGAAAUCGAUAUGGGCUUAUUUUUGGGGGGUACUGUUCCAUUAUAAAGCAACUGGGGAAAGCUUUCUUUAUUCUGUCUCACAUAAAUCCUCAAACAUAUAGGCUAGUCAUUUUGUGAAGUACAUAGUGAAAACACAGGUGGUUUUAAAGAUUAAGGUAUGGGAAUUGUGAAACUUUUUCUUAUGAUAGAUUUUGUGCAUGUGUAUUCUUGCUCUUCUAAAACAACUUUGCAUUAUUUUCUAAAAUUUCUCACUUCAUGUUUUCGGAAAUCUGGGGAUUUGUUUAAAGUAUUUAUUAUCUAAACAUCCCGGAGUUAUUACUAAUGUGUAUAUACAUAUAUAUUUAUAUUUGUUUUUAUUGGCACUCUUUUUCCAGCAGGCAUACAGUUUAUCUGGUACCUUACUUUGGUGCUAUGUAACUUGUGCUUUUAAAAUUCUAAUCUUUUAAAUGCUUAUAUAGGGUUUUGUCUGGCAAAGUUACAGAAAAAAUGUGCAAUAGGAAAGUUAUUUGAAUAAGUUGAUUUUAAAUUAUUUAAGUUUAAAUAAUUUAUACCUUUAAUAACAUUUGUUCAGUAACUUUCUCCUUUGGAAAAAAAAGUAUUCUUAAAUGUAUAAAUAAAGCUAAUAUUGUAUAUUCGUAGCAAUGUACUUUUUCAAUUAAAAGAGUGGCAAUGGGUAGAAACAUGAACUCUGCUCAGUAUAUGAUCUGCCAUGUUGCAAACAAAUGUUUUAAGAGUGAUUGAAAAACUGCACACAGUGCACAGAACAGCAAAGAGAGAUGGAGUGCCUUUUCCUUCAUUUAUUCCUGAUGUGAACUGUUCCACGAGCUGCACAUGGUAUCUUUUUAUAAUGGUUUUGUGUGUCCAUAAAUAUAUACUUUCCUAGCUUUGUUUCCAAAAGAAGCUAGUAUUUAGAAAUGGUUAAUAACAGCUAGUGAUGCAUACCUAAGUAAUGGUAGACAUGGGAAAAGCUUUAGAGUUUCUUACAUUACUGUUUAAAGACAGUGGCGCAUGACAUAGUAAGUUUAGAGGAAGAAACAUUUAUCUUUGGGAAAACACCACUUACACUUUUAGAAAGGGGAUGUUUGAAGCUUCUCGGUGUGUUUUUAGAAAUCAAGAGCCUGGUUCUCUCCUGGUUGAGUUUUUCCACGGUCGGUCUGAAAAUGAGUUUUGUAGCUGAAGUUAAUAUAUAUUAAAUAUAUAUCCUGUGCCAUUUGAAGCAAAUGUUGACUUGGAUGCCCAGGUUUGCACCUCUUGUUAAAAAUGGUGUAGCAAGAUGUCUUGAGAGAGCUGUUCCAAGCUGUGGUGCAGUGUUAAAUGCAGCAUUAUUGAAAGCUAGUCAAUAUACCAAGCAAAAUAUGAACUAACUAAUAUCCUGCAACUGAAGAGAACAGGGAUAUAUUUAACUUAGUAAUACCUGCAGUAGUGGCCUUUUGGUUUACAGGGCAUACCAAACACUGGCACUUGGUGUACUUCUUGAACCUAGCUCAUGUGGCACUCUCUCUGUGUUAAGCUGUAGGCCGGCAUGUCUGUAGGUGAAGAGUCAAUACAAUAUUGCUAGACCCAUGGACAUAGAGGUGCAUAAGCUUUUUCCUGUUAGUAGGGUGUAAACAUCAGUUGGAUAUGUGUACUGCUUAUUUAGCACACGUGUGUGUGCACACACACACACAGGGAGGGGGGAGAGAAAUCUCAGAGGUUUACCACAGCUGCCUUUAAGCUGUUCCAAGAUUUUCUUUCAUGUUUCUCAAAUUACUACCUGGCUCAUAGCGUUUUACUUCAUUCAAUUAAAAACUGUUGGGUAAUUUCUACUGUCUUUUUUCCAUCUAUUCACAAUUACCAGUCAAAGUAUUAGUUUUGCAUUAGCAGCUGAGGUUGCUGCUGUUCUGCUUUCUAGCAGUCCUAAGAAAGCAGUGCUAAUUUUUAAUAAGACAAAACAGGAUUAAACAAAUACUGAUGCGAUUUUUUAAAUACUGAUGUGAUUUUUUCAUUUUGGUACACUGAUACCUGCCUAAUAAAGGCAGGCAACUAGAAACCACAGUCAUGGGAGGCUACAACAUGUUCACCUUCUGGUCUUAAUUGUGAACAGAGAUUUGUGAGACAGUAACUUCUUUUUCUGGUUGUGCAUCCUGGCUUGUGCCACAAGUGUGGCUACAGUGUAUUGCUUGCUUUGUGUCUUUUCUUUUUUUUAUGUUCAAAUGGAUGCUUAGUUGGUAUUUUAUAAAGUUGUGUAGUAUGGGACAUAAUUAAAAUAUUUUGUUGUCUUAUAAA